UUAAAAAUGAUCAUUAUAUUACUUUUUGUCAAUUUUAUUCUUGUUUAAAUUUAAAUUACAUUAAGUUUAAAGUUAACGAUAAGAUUAUUUAAUCACUAUCAAAAAGUGUUUCACUUUUGGCAUUCAUGCGAUACUAUGAACCGUAUUAAUAAAUAAAUCCUAUCGAACGUCAUAUAUAUCUAAGAGUAUUAUAUUAAUUGGUGAUUAAAUAUAAUAAGUGAGAAAUGAUGUAAAAUAAUAACAAUAUAUUUAAAUGUAAUUAUAUGAAACGGGCACUUGCAGUCUGUCAUUUGGGUGAUGAACAUCAGAGCGGUCUUAACUAUACUUAUAUACUGUCGUUAAAUUUAUUUAAGUAUCUUUUUAAAAAUGUUAAGUAAAUUACCACAAGAGUUUCGUCGGUACCAACGCAAUCGUAAUCAGUUACGGCAUAUUUUUAAGGAAACACACCGUACACUAGAUGUUAUCAAUCAUGAAAAUUUUUUUCCUGAAGAAAACAUCAUUGAUGAGUUAUUACCCUCCUUGACUCUGGAUCGUCUUACUCAUAUACUGGACAAUCAACCAGCGAUUGUAAUAUCAGGGCAAGACUGCAAGUCAAAAGCAGCAUUGGUGAAUCGUUUGUUGGAGGAAGAUAUUCUCCCAUUAACUGAUGGGUCAUGGCGAUGGAUUAAAUUCAGCUAUGGUACCACCAACCACGUCAGCCUGACCCUGGGUCUCGAGUAUGAAGUUGUUGAUUACGUGCCCACGGAGACUCCAUUCGAAACUUUGACCGUAGAAGAUUUAAACCAAUCUGAAAAUGAAGACUUUAAUUGUCCACAAGUUUUGGACGUCAAGCUCGAUCGAUUGAUCCUCAAAGACGGCGUCCAAAUUUUUUUGGUACCCAAUAUCGCGGCCAUAAGGUCACUCGUUAAAGGAAUAUUAAAUAUUUUACCGAUAUUUUUAUACGCGCUCGGUGAUUAUCCUCUCACGGAAUUAAAUACCAAGGAGUUGAGAGAAUUAAAAGAAACUUAUCCGUACAAUCCAGUAUUGUUUGUUUCUUCAUUGGCCAACAUCGUUUUUGACAGCGUUGAUGGCGACUUGACAGAGUCUGAGCAGCACCGCUUACAAACUCAGGCUGAAAAUAAUCCCAGUAAUAAUAAAAAUAAAAAUAAAAAUAAAAAUAAAAAUAUAUCUGAAUUUGUCAGUAGUGAUAAGAAGGAAGAAGAAACUUUUAACUUGGAGAAAAUGAAUUCUCUGGGGCGAACUUGGCUGGACCAAUUGGGAGGUCUAGGAUUUCUUCGCGUAGAAGAGUCUGUCGAGGAUCAACGGAUGGCCUGGCUGUUAGGGACCGAGUAUGUCAGUUCCAGUGACUUUGUUGAGUCCUAUAAAAAUAUGGACCGAGUUCUACACUUUACUCGCAGUUGCCUUCAAAGUUAUCUUGUUAAUGCGAGCACUUGUUUAACUGAAAUCCAGACUACUUCGCUGCGUAAAUUUAUUCUCAGUGCUUUUGAUAUGGCUCGAGAAAUUCAGAUUACUCCCAGGAGAAUUCAGUACGUUCAACAGAAAGAAAAUGAAUUGUACGCGAGUUUGAUGAAUGUUGUCAACAAAAAUCAAGAUGAACUUACGGAAUUGAUUCAGAACAUAAUACUAGAAAUGAAACAAGACUUAUCGUCACUGAGUAAUGAUUCAUAUCAGUAUCAAAACAAUAAUAAUUUAAGCAACAAUGAGCAGGAUGAGUGUCGCCGUGAAUGGUGUGCGACAGUUCGAACAGCGACAACAGAAGUACAGAGAUUAGUUUUGAGCCGUCUGAGUGAGAAAGUAGCACGGCAACUAGUUACAUCUGUUAAUUGUCUGAGGGAAACUUUUGUGGGUACUCUGCAGCGUUGUUUGCUUGAGUUGGAAAAAAGUUACGAUUCUAAUAACCAUGACGCAAAUUUGUUGGCGAGUGACGCCUUGAAGCAGAUAUUAUCUGCGGCUUACAACGUCGAGUUACAUAAUUCCUCGCCAUCUUUAGUCCAUUCUUUUCUCGAGCGACUAAGACAACUGUUAAAGUCUUUGCCAUUGCCAUGGUCACCGACCCCGACACUCGACCAAGCUUGGCGCAAACGAGUCACAAUAGACGUCCUUAAUUCUCUCUGUCCAACAAGAUUAGCACGUACCAUAUCCACCCAAUUUAGAGAUAAAAUAAAAUCAUCUCACGAUGCCUUUCACGCAGCACUCAGGUCCUUGGAGAAUCACUACUCUGGUAAAUUGGAGCGAACUGAAGAGCAGAGAGUUGCUAUAAGAAAAAUACACGCUCCCAGAUUGGCAAAACUCACAUUAGAGUCAACCUCCAUGUCCGAUAUGGUCAGAUACGGGAUUCCGCAUCAGGGAAAAGAAAUCGGACGAGGACAGUACGGUGUAGUGUUUUCCUGUGACGCUUGGGCUGGAGCGCCAGGUCCUUGUGCUGUUAAAUCUGUAGUACCACCAGAUGAAAGACACUGGAAUGAUCUGGCCAUGGAGUUUUACUACACAAGAUCCAUUCCAGAUCACAAGAGGAUUGUCAAAUUGAGAGGUUCGGUUAUUGAUUACAGCUAUGGAGGUGGUGGGGCUGCUGUAUUGCUAAUUACCGAUCGGAUGAGUCGCGACUUGUACUGUGGGAUCCGCGCGGGGUUACCCUGGAUCACCAGGAUACAGAUUGCCAUCGAUGUUCUCGAGGGAAUUCGGUAUCUCCAUUCUCAAGGCCUGGUACAUAGAGAUAUAAAGUUAAAAAACGUCCUCCUGGAUACGAAAAACCGAGCCAAGUUAACUGAUCUGGGCUUCUGUAUCACUGAAGCCAUGAUGAGCGGAAGCGUUGUUGGGACUCCUGUUCAUAUGGCUCCUGAAUUAUUGUCUGGGCGCUAUGACAGCAGUGUUGACAUCUACGCAUUUGGAAUUUUAUUCUGGUAUAUUUGUGCUGGACAUACGAAAAUGCCGUUUGCCUUUGAGCAGUUUCACAAUAAAGAACAGCUCUGGACCAGUGUCCGCAAAGGCUUACGUCCAGAACGUCUUGCUAGUUUCGAUGAUGAAUGCUGGGAACUAAUGGAGCAAUGCUGGGCUGGCGAGCCAUCGAGACGUCCUCUUUUGGGAGCAAUCGUGCCCGUCCUGGAGUUGAUUCGCGACAAAGCAGACAUAGGCAAGUUCACCGCUGAACCCGAUGCACUGAAACACCAUGGCUCGUCCUCGUCCUCGUCCUCGAUGAAGAAUCCUGCUUUAGCACUAGCCGAACCCAAUAAUCAGAGAGGAACUACGUCGAGUCCUCUUUUGAAACGUAGACCCCUACGUCCUUUAAAAUAUCCUAAUCUCCAUAUGACUAAUUUAUUUCAAACAAGUGUCUGUUCCAAUCUUUAUGUACAAAUGCGUGAAUUUUGAUUAUUUGAUUAAUUAGUUAUUGAAAUAUUUAUUAAGACUGCUAGUCGGUAUUUUUAGUCUAGAAGACUGUUAUUUUUUUUUUUUUUUUUUUUUUUUUUUUUCCCUAAAGAGUUUAUUUUUCUGAGCUGUUAUUAUUUUUAUACAAUUUAUUUAUCAACCAGUGAGAUAAUUGUUGUUAUAGUUGUUUAAAUUUUUUAAAUACUUAUAGAUAAUUUUAUCGAGCUAAAAAUUGAAAGAGUUGUCUGGUCUUUAAGAUACUGAGUGACAUGUUUAAUCUAAACGAUUUAAGUAAUUGUUUUAGCUAUUUAGUCCAAUCUAAUUCGUUCAUUUUAAUAGUACAAAGACCGCUUAUGAUUAUUAAUUUAUAAAAUACAAUUUAUGAUAAAGUUUGCUAGCAUUCGAGCACGUAGAUAGUCCAUUGACCGCAUUUGUACUCGAUCCUCUAUCCUCUAUUCCAGUUACUCUCUGUAGUUAUUUUUUCCUAACAUAAAUUAAAUGUUGCUGCUGCUGCUGCUGCUGUACAUUCUAUACUACUUUUGCUGUUAUUGUUGAUGGCACUUGUGUCCCAUUUGUCGCGCAUUAAUUAUUUUUUUUUUUUAGAUAAAGUAAUCCUGUAUAUUGAGAUAGUUAACACUUGUUAUGCUUCUGCACGUAGUCGAAGGCGAAAACGAAAUCUUAUUAUUUUGUUUAAUA